UGGCAGCGGGGCGUGAAAAAUCUGUGUGCACAAGAGGCAAUUUCGUGUGAUGGAAUAUUGACUGAGAUAUAGGUAUAAGGAGAAGAUUGGCGUCAAUUGAAGUGUUGUGAAAGAGGAGCUCAAUUUGAAGCCUCCGGUGAUAUGAGACAAGGUAGAAAUUAUAUGAGAUUUUCGCUAUAUGGAAUUAAUAACACACCAGCAAAUUGUGCUUAGUGAAGACGUAGUAUUUCGGCAGCUCGCUGGGAUUUUAUGAAUGGAAAAUUUUCCACUUAGUUUGGGGAUUUUUUUGUAGAACAACGAAAAAGCGCAUAAAAUGUUAACACUUUUCCAGUGAAUACUAUAAAAGCUAACAAUGGCGAUUCAAAGUGAGAGUGAGAGUGAUGUAAUUUUGUCCACCGACAAUUCUUUCAACAGCUCAGCAUGGGAUAAUCAAAGCCAAUCGGAAUUGGUGGCGCCAGGCUACACCGACUCGACGGUUCCUGUCAUUGCUGUGUACUGUGUGAUGUUCGUGAUUGCGUUGACGGGAAAUCUUUCCGUCGUCAUCACCCUCUUCCGGGGCAGAAGACACCGACGUUCGCGCGUCAGCCUCAUGAUAUUCCACUUGGCCGUUGCGGACCUGAUGGUGGCCUGCAUCAUGAUUCCGCUGGAGAUCGGAUGGAGAAUUACGGUCGAGUGGUACGCUGGGAAUAUAGCCUGCAAAGUUUUACUCUUCAUGAGAGCCUUCUGCCUCUAUCUGAGCUCCAACGUGCUCGUGUGUGUUUCCCUGGACAGAUGCUUUGCUGUGGUUUAUCCUCUGCGGGUGACUGAUGCCCGAAAGCGAGGAAAAUAUAUGCUGGCUGCGGCCUGGAUUGUGGCUACCCUCUACUCAAUUCCACAAAGUAUCAUCUUCCGUGUGCAGCAACAUCCACACAUUUCCGGCUUCAUGCAGUGCGUCUCCUUUGGCUACUUCUCCACGGAUCGCAUGGAAGCGGCGUACAAUCUCUUCUGCUUGACAGCAAUGUACUUUGGCCCGUUAACGGCCAUCAGCAUCGCUUACACGGCAAUCGUCUGCGAAAUCUCAAAUCGCUCAGACAGAUCCAGGACCAAAGGUAAAUGCUACAGGACGGCUUCGGGAGCACUUAGGCUGCGCUGCAAUGCCAUGACACAUAUCGAGAGGGCUCGCCAGAGGACUUUCCGACUCACUAUUACCAUUGUUCUCGUAUUUAUUUGGUGCUGGACACCAUAUGCCGUCAUGACACUCUGGUACACAAUCGAUAAGGAAAGCGCUGUGAAGGUUGACACGCACAUUCAGGAUGGCCUGUUUUUGAUGGCAGUAUCGAAUUCCUGUGUCAAUCCACUCGUGUAUGGAUCCUAUGCCAUAAAGACCUGUCGAUAUCCAUGGAGCUCAAGUCGGUCCAAUAAUAUUCACCUGCUGGGCACCAGCAGAAUAGGUCUCCAGCGAAGAUCCACAGGAACUUACACACGAACAUCCGCUGUUACGCGUUUCACUGUCGCACGGUGCAAUGGGGAAAUUGCCAAUGGCAAGGUUCCCACCCUUCCGGCGACUCAUUGCGAAGGAAAACAGGAACAGUCGCGCUACCAUCAUCACUUCCACCAGCCUCGCACCGUCUGCUCGGCUGUUGGCGCCGACGAGAGCUCCUGCAGCGAUUUUCCCAUGACAGAUGAGUAUGUGCGUCGCAAGGCCGGAGGCAAUCGAACAUCCUUCCACUCAGAUCCGACGCCUCACUUGCGCCAAGACACCGUCGAGUCUAUCAAUGAGCUCACGCGGAGUCUGGACAUGGGCGGAUGGCGAUAGACUCCACACUUCAACUGCAUGCCAAAGAGAUUGCUCAGUAAACUUGUUCUGUGAUAGCAUCCCAUCGUCCCCAGAUGCACCAUAUAAAUCACAUUCAACUAAAAAUUAGCAACUUUAUGUCCCCCCUGGAAUGUGUCCUCAUGUGGUGUACUCAACAAAGAACUCACGUGUUUGCCGUUAUGUGUAAGCUCUUUUGACAGGGUGUUUUUCUCCCAUUGCAUGUUCGCUCCCAAAUGUAAUUUUGUACCACCAGGUAAAGAUAAUAAAAGGAAGUAUU